CUUGUAGUAGUAAUUGUUUGUUAGGUAGGUAAGGUGGUUGAGUUGAGUUGAGUUGGGUUGAGUUCGUCUCUCUCUAACACCCUAAUCUCCUUUUCUUCUCUGUAACAUUGUUUUUAACGACACAGCAAAAACAAAGCAGCCCAAAACCAAGAAACAUUACAAUGUUUUCCAUUAGAUCCAUCUUCAGACCACAUCAACCUCACCAACUCACUCCCUCUCUUAUUCUACUCUACUCCUCAGCUUCAGCUGCAGCGAUUCAAGCUGAAACAACCAUCCAACAAGGCCCCAGAAAUGACUGGUCUCCUCAAGAAAUCAAGAAUGUUUAUGACUCUCCACUUCUUGAUAUCCUUUUCCAUGGAGCUCAAGUUCAUAGACAUUUUCAGAAUUUUAGAGAAGUACAGCAAUGUACUCUGCUUUCUAUCAAGACUGGUGGGUGUAGUGAGGAUUGCUCGUAUUGUCCUCAGUCUUCAAGAUAUAGUACUGGAGUUAAACCUCAGAAGCUUAUGAUUAAGGAUGAUGUUUUGGAGGCUGCCAAAAGGGCAAAAGAGGCUGGUAGCACACGGUUUUGUAUGGGUGCUGCGUGGAGGGACACAGUAGGAAGGAAGACCAAUUUUAGCCAAAUCCUAGACUAUGUGAAAGAAAUAAGGGGUAUGGGGAUGGAGGUUUGCUGUACUUUGGGCAUGCUAGAGAAGCAGCAGGCUGCAGAACUCAAGAAAGCUGGCCUUACAGCAUAUAAUCAUAAUCUUGAUACCUCAAGAGAAUAUUACCCAAACAUUAUCAGUACAAGAAGUUAUGAUGAGCGCCUGAAAACCCUUGAACAUGUCUGGGAAGCUGGAAUUAAUGUCUGCUCAGGAGGCAUAAUAGGGUUGGGAGAAGCAGAGGAAGACCGUGUAGGUCUAUUACAUACAUUGGCAACACUCCCUUCUCACCCAGAGAGUGUUCCAAUCAAUGCACUACUUGCAGUGAAAGGCACACCUCUAGAAGAUCAGAAGCCUGUAGAAAUAUGGGAAAUGAUUAGAAUGAUUGGUACCGCUCGAAUAGUGAUGCCAAAAGCAAUGGUCCGGUUAUCAGCUGGUCGAGUCCGUUUCUCAGUGGCUGAACAGGCUCUCUGCUUUCUUGCUGGUGCAAAUUCAAUCUUUACAGGCGAGAAACUAUUGACAACGCCUAACAAUGAUUUUGAUGCUGACCAACGAAUGUUCGAGCUGCUCGGUUUGAUUCCAAAACCUCCUAGCUUUCCAGAAGACGAAGAGACAACCUUGGAAGCAGAAAACAGUGAGGAGGCUGUUUCUAGUUCAGGUUGAAAUUAAUAGUUGAAGCCUUGAAGGAGAUGUCUCCAUGUAAUUAUAAUGUUGAAGUAUGUCAUCUUCAUUUUAAAAUUAAUUAGUUAUGAUUUUCUUUUUCUUUAAAAAUGCUAAACCAAUUUCAUUAGGUGGACUGAAAGUUCUGUGAAAAGAGCAGGUAUCAGAUUCUCAA